UGAGCUUCUGACCUCGUUACAAAGCCAUCAACUUAACGCGAAUUUGAAUGCCGAAAUCCAGCUAGAUCUGCGCAAGGAGGUAGCUCAAUUACACAUAAAGAACGAGGAGCUCCACUGUGAACUCUAUGCUACGCAGACAGAAUUAAAAAGCGUACGAGGUACGUGCGAUUACUUGUAUGAGAAGAAUAGUAACGCUCCGGGGAACCGGGUUCGGGAGGAAAGUGACGGCGCGGUUUGGAGUGACGCACAAAAUACAGGUUUACCUCUGGUAGGGGAUGGCAGUUCGUUACGUACCCUAAAAUUCCCCGUAGCGCCAGUUCACGAGACCACUACUAUUAUACCGGGGGAAGGGGGAAACAGAGUAACCACUACAACCACUGUAAAGCCGCUGUCUCCGAGCGAGAUUGAGGCUCUCGUAAAAAGUAUUGGUGCAUUUGUUCCCUCAAAGCGAGAUCCGGUAGAGUUUCUUGCGAAUUUGGAACGUAUGGUCGGCCUACAUAGAUUGACUGAUGUUGACGCAUGUGUCAUUUUGUCUGCUUGUUUACCCCAUGCUCUUGCUAGUGCGCUUCCACUGGACAUACAAAAUCGGGAGGCCAACCAACAACGCAGAAAAACGGGGUUGUUGGACAUUUUGGGCACUCGUGCUGUGGAUUGGGAAAAGAUAAGGGAAGUAGUGAUGUGUCCUUCUGAACACCCGGCCGCAUAUGCGGCGCGCCUAUGGGAAGCCUUUUCGUCUUAUAGUGGCAUCGCUGGUUUAACACAACAGGAUCCCGCAUUCAAAUCCGCAUUGAUUGCACAAAGCGAUUCGAAUACUCGGAGGGCUUUGGCGCUACAUAUAGAUUCGCAUGCCGCAUACGCAGAUAUCGUAGCAAAAAUGACACAGCUAUAUAACAUGAAUCUCAGCAUUAACCAAUCUAGAAAGCAACCAGUGGCUGCACUGGCCGAGACCACAUCACGCCCGAAUCAUACUCGUAAAUCGGUGUCGUGGAAAAAUGAAGGUUAUGUGCCGGAGGAUGUGAGACAAGCGAGGGGUGAAAGGCCCCCCUUGUUUAACCCAAACGGGGUAAUUUUAUGUUAUGCUUGUGGAAAGGAAGGACAUAUUGCCAGGGAAUGCAACUCAACAUUAAAAAGAACAUCUCCAUAUUCGGAGAUUAGCAAACAGCUCAGUGAAAUGCAGUCGGUUUUACAAAAACUGAGCGCCGAAAACGCUGAAUUGCGCGCAGCUAAUAAGGGGAUGGGAUCGAAAUGUGCUAAUGCUUCAGCAUAGGGGUUCCAGGCCUCCGUGAACCACAUUGCACCUUUGGAACGAGAUACCUAUGGUAGGCCAAUUGUAAAUGUUGCUGUUGGAGGCCGAUGCAACAGUUGGCUAGUGGAUUCUGGUGCUUCCUUGUCAAUUAUACACUCAGAUAGUCACCCUCGCAAUCCCACGAAUACAAUUACUCUGGAAGGUUUUGAUGGUACAGUGUCUAUUGCUUCUCAGUCGGACAGUUUGGCUUUUCGAAUUGGCAGUGAUUCUUUUAAUGCUAAGGCUUGGUUCAGUACAACUGGUGAUGCUCGCAAUAUUUUGGGAUCAGACAUAAUGAAGAGGCGGGGAUACAUAAUCGAUUAUGGCAAUAAUUGUAUUUGGCGCAAUACUCAGAGUGGGGAUGAUUUAGUCGAAAUUUCUGAUGUGCAUGCGGUGUUUGCUAUUAAGAAGGCAGAGGAUUAUGAUUUGGAUAGCUUGUUGUCACAUGAUGAUACCCAGCUAUCAGACCUGUUAGGACAACACAGAGGGGCUUUCGCUAAAAGCAAGCAUGAUUGCGGUCGCAUUGAUCCGGGUGUCAUAGAGGUGAAUGUGCAGGGGCGGGACCCACCCCCUCUCAGACAGUACAGCUACCCGAAUGAAGCAAACCCCUAUGUGCAGAGUGCAAUUGACUCCCUACUUGAACAAGGUAUCAUUAGGCCGUGCUUAUCUCCAUGCCUAGCUCCUAUAUGGCCUGUACGUAAACCGGAUAACUCAUGGCGUUUAUGUAUUGACUAUAGGGAACUCAACAAGUGCACCCCCACAUGUGCGCCUGUGGUAGCUGCCACACCUGAUGUUCUAGCAUCCCUUCUCCCAGAAGCUAACUAUUAUUCUGCCCUAGAUGUCUCCAAUGGUUUCUGGUCCAUCCCACUGCAUCCUGAUUGCCAAUACAAAUUUGCAUUCAAAUUUAAAAAUACCCAAUACACUUGGAAUGUGCUUCCACAAGGUUUUGCUAACUCACCGACAUUAUUCCACCAGUGUUUGGCAAAUGUGCUAGGUGCUUUUUCUAGACCAGAAUGUCUCAUUCAGUAUGUUGAUGACCUAUUGUUGCAGACUGCAACAAGGGAGGAGCAUGUCAGUUUACUUGCAGAACUGCUUCACCUCCUUGAAGAAGCAGGAAUCAAAUUGAAUCCCAAGAAAGCGCAACUUCUCAAAUCGGAAGUAACUUAUUUGGGCAUUAAAAUUACCAAAGGGGGGCGCACUCCUGAUCCACACAAGGUAGAGAUUAUUCAGCGACUUCCAGUUCUAGUUUCAGUCACAGCUUUAAGAUCAUUUUUGGGGAUAGUCGGAUUUUGUAGGGACUUUAUUGAAGGCUUUGCUGAUAUUGCCAGACCGCUUAACUCCUUACUUUCGGGGAAAAAGAAAAAGUCUGAUGCUUUGGAUUGGGGUCCAGAACAUCAAACGGCAUUUGAAAAAUUGAAAGAUGCGCUAAUUAAAGCUCCUGCAUUGCGUAAUCCAGACAGAUCACAGCCAUUUAUUUUGCAGACCGCAGCCACGGAGGAAGCUCUAUCAGCAGUUCUGUUGCAGGAAGUUCAGGAGAAUCUGCGGCCCAUUGCAUAUGCCUCCCGUGUGCUCUCUCCGGUUGAGAAAGCAUUUGACUCAUGUAACAGGCACCUUUUGGCAGUUCAUUGGGGAAUGUCCCAUUUCGAGUACAUUUACGGCUUUAAUGAAGUGACACUCCAUACUCCCCAUACACCCCUUCAGCUUCUUUUGAAUGGCAAAGUGAAAGGAGUAUCUAAUUCAAGAUUAGCACGAUGGACUUUGGAUCUGGGUUCCAAAAAUUUGAAAACUGUGUACAAAUCUUCAUGCAUGUUACCCCGUACACUUCUCUAUGAAGGUGACCCUCACACUUGUGACACUAAACCUGUCCAGCCUCUGGACAGUGUCUUUGAAGUGUGCGCUAUAGAAGGAGCCAUUGAUGUAUAUGUGGACGGGUCCCGAUAUUGGCAGGAUGGUCAGUAUCAUACUGGCUUUGCGAUUCAUUCGGACAAUGGGGAUUUCCUUUACAGAUGUCCAUCUCAUUUCUCAGCUCAGAAAGCAGAAAUUUCAGCAGUCCUACAGACCUUUUCAGUUUUUCCAGAUUCAGACUUAAACAUCUUUUCAGACUCUGCAUUUGUUGUUAACUCUCUCACUGAGUAUUUACCCAUUUGGCAGAAAAGGGGCUUCACCAGCGCUGAUGGCCAACCUUUAAAACAGGUCGGACCCAUACAGGCUUUGUGGACAGCAGCCAAGUCCUGUACACAUAAGGUUGCUCUAUUAAAGGUGAAAGCCCAUCAGAAGAAAGGAGUAAGCCAACAUGGAGAUGGUAAUUUAGCUGUGGACGAGCUAGCAAAGAAAGCAGCUGUAGCAGGGAGACCAUUCCAUGUUCUGGAACCGGAACCAGAACUAGUUGCUGUGGUAAACGUCAGGGAACCGACAGACCUUAAGGUUGCGCAGCAACGGGAUCCAGUUUUGCGGGAAGCAAUCAAGCAGAAACAGAAUGGGGAGGCAAUUUUGGAGGGCCCAUUGACUCUGUUUGAUGCACAACUCCUGGUCCAUGAUUGCAUGCUGUUGUACACUGGAAAUGACAUUCCAGUAUGGAUCCCACCCACAGAAUUGCGGAAUGAUAUUUUGUAUCAUAUCCACAAUCAGGGGGGGCACUUAGGUAUAGAAAAAACAAAAGACCGAUUAAAAAACAUGUUUUGGUGGCCAGACGUUGACAAAAAUGUGAAAGAUUAUUGCACAAAUUGUUUAACCUGUGCCCAGAUUAAUCCAUCACCAGUGAAAAGGAAAGGGCGACUGAGGCCCACGUGUCUAGCCGAAGGACCGUGGACAAAUUUGCAGAUCGAUUAUGUAGGUCCACUCCCUGCAGCUAGAGGAGGCUACAGGUACAUUCUCAUCAUAAUAGAUACAUUCACUAAAUGGAUAGAGGCGUUCCCAAUUAAGUCCGAUACCGCAUCCGCCACAGCCCGGGUAUUAUGGGAACAAGUCUACUGUAGAUGGGGUCUGCCACUUAGCCUGGAAAGUGACAGAGGCACGCAUUUCACAGGAAAAAUUCAUACAGACUUGGCAAAACUACUUGGGAUAAAGCACCAACUACACAUAGCUCACCAUCCACAGUCUUCAGGCGGGGUUGAACGAACAAACAGAACACUCAAAACCGCAUUGAGAAAAAUGGUAUUGGAAAAUGGCACCAAUUGGGCUCAAAAUCUCCCUAGUAUUUUGAUGUCUGUGCGAGGGGUUGUUCACAAAAGCACAGGAUACAGCCCCCAUGAAUUGAUGACAGGGAGGGGAAUGCGAAUGCCAGAACAUCUGCUACUAGAGGUGCCGAGACCCAUGAUAGAGGGAUGGGCGACUGAAACCUUUCUGAAAAACCUCUGUUCUUCUUUACCUGCUAUGUACCAGCAAGCGGCUCAACAGAUUGGCUCGAUUCAGAAAUACAACAAAAUGUAUUAUGACCAACAUGUCAGUGAGCAAAAAUUUGAGCCGGGAGAUGAGGUAAUGGUAAAGAAUUACCAUCAUGCUGGGCCAUGGUCAGCUAACUGGAAGGGCCCAUACACAGUCAUUGACAAAUGUGGCAAUGUUUAUUCAUUAUCAUUGUUUCACUGUUAUGACCACCCUGUACUGUCUGGCCAAAUGUCCAUUUUUUUUUUCCUUCACCCAUUUUGUUUUUUUGUUUUAAAUGCAUCUUUUCCCCCACCACUCAUUACACUGAUUGUCACACAGCAAGCAUUAUCAUACACCAUUCGCAUCACACCAGGUUUUUCUUAAAGCACACAUAUCUCCUCCCAACAAAUAUCAUUUCAAAACACCCACUUCUUCACACAUGUAUUGGUUUCUUAUGCUUGUUGAAUACUUUCAUGGUCGGGUUUGGUUACCUCUCUCUCUCUCCUGGUUGUAAGUCAGUAAUGGAUUAGAAGUCACAGUGUGGUUGGUCUGUGACUGGGACAAGGCAGCAAAAGCUUUCAUGGGACCUAGGCGUGUGAGGCACAGUAAUAGUCCAAUGGCGAGGGGUGUAUC